GUGCAGCAGAAACCCUACUUCAUCUACAUUCACUACAAUGCAGAGAAGAUGUAAUAGUAGGACCCGUAUGUAUCUCACUGCAGACGAUCGAUUUUGUCCAAAUAGUAUGUUGCACGAACUUGACGUCCAGACAAAAUAAAGUGGGCCACCCUUCUCUUUACUCCACUACGGUUCCACGCCUUACAAAUACACCUUUUUCCGCUUAAAAACGCAUUUACACUCGCUGCUUUAAAUCGUACCCUUCCUAUAUAUACAUACAUUCACUCACCUUCUUCCCUCGUCUUAACCUUCACUCCCCGGUGCGCACGUUAAGCCGAGCUUAGCAGCAAGCGCAUUUACUUCGAAAAAUGGCUCCCAACCUGCUAGUCUUCACUGCCGUGAUCUGCAUUGCCGUCGCCGUCGUCAGCGGCCAAUCUCCGGCUACUUCUCCGACCGCCACUCCUGCUCCGCCUACUCCUACCACUCCUGCUCCGCCCACUCCCACUCCUCCCACCGCGUCUCCGCCUCCCGUGACCACACCGACGCCGCCAGCAGCAACGCCGCCGCCUGUCUCCGCGCCACCCCCGGUGGUUACUUCUCCGCCUCCUGCAGCAACGCCGCCUCCGGUUUCAACACCGCCGCCCGUCGCCGCGCCUCCCCCGGUGAGCACGCCGCCACCUGCAACCCCUCCGCCGGCCGUUCCUCCUCCAGCUUCUCCGCCGCCUCCUGUGCUUUCCCCGCCCCCACCGGUUGCACCUACGCCGGCUCCGCUUGCUUCCCCUCCAGCUGCGGUUCCAGUUCCUGCUCCGUCGAAGCCGACGUCUCCGGCUCCAUCUCCGUCGCUGUCGAGCCCUCCGGCUCCGCCCACCGGAGCUCCGGGCCCCAGUCUCCCCGGUCUCUCUCCUGCUCCAUCCGCCACAGAUCAGAGUGGAGCAAAUUCGGUGCGCGCGGCGCAGAUGAUCUCUAGCAGCGCUGUUUUGGGCUGGGCUUUGAUGAUUUUGGUGGCUUAGAUUACCCUGCUUGGGCCUUUUCCUUUUCUCGCACUGCAGCCCACAUUUAUAUAUUAUGCUAUUUUUAUCUAUUUGUUGGCAUUUAGGUGAUAGCUUUGUUUGUGGAGAUUUUUGGAUGUACCUUUGAUUUUAUACAUUGAUUUGGAUUCUUUUUUGUAUUCACUACUCCAGAGGAGCCAUCUUUUUUCCAUCGGAUUAUUAUCUGACCUACUCUCUUAUUUCUCA